AGCCUGUUGACUUGUGCGGAUAUGAUUAAUGUUUAAAAUAGGGGAGAGCGGGGUUGGUAGGCACAGGUUUCACUCUGUGCUGCAUAUCUCAGGCAUCCCUUAUAAAUUAUUAGGAAAACAGACAUUUUCAAUAGCCAUCGUUUGGAUUAGUUUAUUGGGGGAUGUCAGUAAUGUGUUUUUACACGUCCCCUCAGUGAUAAAACUCUCGCAUCUGGACAGCAAUGACUACAGUAUGGCCACAGGAGGACCGAGUUUCUAGCUGGUUGUACUUUCUAUGAACCAGGAUGUUUGCGUCACUUGAUCAUAUGAUCACGCUCCAUUCACAACAUGAACACGUGACAUUAUAUCUAUCUGUGAAUCUGUAACCUGCUUCAGGUGACUUAAGCAAUGCCACUGAGAAACUUUAGCUAUUAAAGAUAAAAAAUAUAUAUAUCAUUUAUGCUAGUGUACCUGACCAGUACGAUACAAGUUCUGAUAAGUUAAAAGCCCAUAUAGGUAACUGUUUUUUCUUUUAACUAGAUAAAUACAUAAGCUUGAAGACUUGUCAUUCUGUUACAUAGUUCAAAUUGGUUGUACUCACCCAUCCAGCUUGCUGGUUUAAAUUAGUGUUAUCCAUUUUACUAAAUGUUUCUGAGGUUCUUUGGGAGGAUGCCAAAAAUGUCCAGUAGCACUUGUUCUCAAAUUAAGCACAAGUAGGCAGGUGUCAUCAACUCUGUAAAACUGAGACUGCCAUCUAUUGCUAGCUGCUUUUCUUAGGCACAGUUGUGUGUGGAUCGGGGGAUAGCUGUGUGUGGAUCGGGAGAUGUUUGUGUGUGGAUCGGGAGAUGUUUGUGUGCGGAUCAGGGGAUGUUUGUGUGUGGAUCAGGAGAUAUUUGUGUGUGGAUCAUGCAAGGCUAAAACCGCAGAAAGAAAAUCUCAAAAUUCAAAUGAACCAGCCAGAAUCGACUCAGAAAAGACGUCAAUGAAUGCAUGUGUGUCACCUGAUCCACAAAUGCAAAUCUUACUUGUUGCAUGCACAAAUUAUGAUAUAUUAAUGUAAAAGAGAAUGUUUAUUCACUAAUAUAUCUCUAUUUGUACAAAUUGCUGCAUGUUCAUUUAAUUCUGAAUUUCGCAGACUCAAAUUGAAAAUCAUUUGUUUGAGGGUAGUAACGCACAUUUGUGAGCUUUUUUCAAAUUGAUGGGUAGAUGUGCACACAUUAAUGAACAACACUGGGGCUUAUUCAUUGGUAGUUGUUUGUGUGUGGAUCGUGCAGUGCUGAAACCACGGAAAUAAAGUCUCAAAAUCCAAAUGAACUUAAUAGGAUUGCCUCAAAGCAGACAUCAGUGAAUGCACUCGUGUCACAAAUGCACAUCUUUUUUGCAUGAAGAUGACUAUAUAGCAGCUCCUCAACAAAUGACUGCUUCAGGUAAAAACACUAAAACACAUUGUCUACUUUACUAUUUAAAAAAAAUAACAGAUUAAGAGCAUGUGAACGCAGCAUACUCGUAAUUCCCACUGAAGUACACUGAGAGCACAUGAAGGCAGCAUUAGUGUGGAGCUGACCACGAUUUGGGUUCAAACUGCAGGUUAUAUUAAAAAAGAAAUAAACUGCAGGUUAUAUUAAAACCAAAAUAUUUGUUCUCUGAAGAAUGUACGUGUUUGUAGAAAUCUCGGGCCAGAAGUCUUCCUGGUAUACAAGUCAUAAAGACAAGUAUAAAGGCUUCAGGAAAGCAACAUAGGCGUGCUCCAGAUUAGCAUAUUAAAAUUAGUGCCACAGAAAGGAAACCGAAAGCACAAAACCAAACAAUCUCCUCGACUCUGUUCCGUGUCUACUGCCUUUUCACAAUGUUUACACUCAGCGAGGCAGAUUUGGAAGCAUAUGAGGAAGACUUCACGGCAUAUUUUCAACAAAUGAAUAUAUCAGUGCCAAGCCUUAGUGAGACAGAUGUGGACACAUUUCAGGAAGAUGACUAUAUAGCAGCUCAUCAGCAAAUGAAUGUUUCAGGAAAUCACUACGAGUGGCAGCUGUUUGAUGGACAGCAAUGGUUGCAGAUAAGUAACGACUAUAUUAUCGAAUGCAACUACUGCCAGCCAGGGGCAAAAGGGAUCACCAUUGAUACACACAUGGGGUCUCUUUACAUUGACUAUGAUGCCAUGACAAUAAGCGGGCCUUUUGCUGGCCUCGCUGUACGGCGACUAUCGUCUGUGUCUCACAACCAGAGAGAAGAUGUGGGCUGGUAUUACAGGGACAACAGUUACUGGUGUGAAUAUGGGGUACAGGGUUCAAGUUACAGCACGUCGUCGAUAAGCAGUCAGGACUUAGAGCAGCAGUAUAACUCCAACCCCACAGGCUCCUUCGAGUUUACUGCAGGAAACUAUUCGUACUCUGUGAACUUCCCUGGCAUGAUGCAAACGAACCUGUCCACUUACAAACAGAGGAAAGUGAGGAGGAGGCCAAAGUUUAACUCCAUAGUCUAUGUAAACAGUCUGAACACUUAUGAACCAUCUACAUCCACCAUAAAUCCAUUUCCAUCAGCUACACCUUCUGUAAAUCCAUUCACUGGGGUUAUCUGGCAGUUUAUGGGUGAUGAAGGCAUCUGGACAGAUUAUCAGAAACCAGAUUCCUCUCUGGACAGUAUGGAUAUAGAGAGACAUUAUCAAAGUAAUCCACAGGGCCAGCUUGCUUUCACAGCUCGGCAUUACAGUUACACUCUCUAUUUUAAUGGAAUGUACCAGAUCAAUAUGACUUAUAAGACAAGAAGAGCUAUACGGAGAAUCUGUGCAAAUGGGAACAGUAGCAGCACUCUGUGCCAAGUUCGCUGGCAGUUUAAAGAUAUGGACGGCCGCUGGAAAGACUUUGUUAAAGGCAAAGGGAGUGGGAAAUGCACCGUCUCAAGUCAGGAAAUUGAGAUGCAUUACCAGCAAGACAGGGCAGGGACUAUAAGAUACAGCUCAGCGAAGUUCAACUACCAACUCGACUUCUCUGCAAUGACCCAGACAAACUUGUCCACUGGUAUGAGGAGGCUAGUCCGUCGUGUCUAACUUUAAGAGCUGGAGAUCAUCUAGCAUUUCUCAGGAUGUAUAUUAAUUUUAAAAACUUUCAUUUCAUUCUGCACCCCCCCAGCUGUUGUGUAUCUGGUUUCCUGGCAAUUUUACUGCCAGAAAACACCUCAUCAGCUCACACCCAGGUUUAAAUGGCUUGAUAGAGGUAGAAGUAACGGUAGUAUUUGGGGAUCCCUAUGUGGUUUAUUAUUUAUUGGUAAUUUAGUCUUCCCAGACAUCCUGUCCCCUAUUAGCACCCACUUUACUUCCUUUCUUUAUCAUGAAGCUGAAGGAAAGAGUCUAUUUUGUGCCUGUUUAUUUGGCAGCUGCUAUUAGCCAUGAUCACUGCUAUUUUUUCAUGGAACAAAUUUCAAAUUUCAUUAUAGAAACCUGUCUAUAAUACUACUAUAAUACAAAGUUUAUCAUGUACUUUAAUUGAACUUUAUUUGAACAGGAGAAUAAAUCUCUGUUCUGCUUU